GAGAGCUCGCCAUCGAUAAGAUAAUGACGCGAAGGGCACCGCUCAGAAUUGCGCCUAGGACGGCCUGAAACAGUUGGGAUUGCGCAAUGCAGAAUACGCCUGAGCAACAAGACAAAAUCCGACUGAACCCCGACUGCCCCCUUCUGACAAACAGGGCCCCCCGGGCACUCACUCCAUGAUGCGAAUUUGUCAGGCGCCGGCUUCUUUUGGCCCCGACGGCGGAACCGUGAUGCUGUCAGAUGCCAUAUCGCCAUUGCUGCUGUCAGUGAGGGCUGACGCCCGUCGUGGACCGGCUUCAUGGCUGCAACCACGAUACAUGGCCUUGCUGCAACGGUUGAGACUUGCUCCCACGAACGAGACAGGUGUUUGUUGGGGUGCGUUUGCGUCGGCGAAUCCGAUCUUGCUAUCCGAGCUUGACUUUUCUGGGAGCAGCCCUUAUAUGCCCUCGCGUUGGCCAGCAGCGCGUGCCAUCCACGACCCCCUCGGUGCGGGAAGCGGGAACACCCCAUCAACCGCAUCACAGACAGCACCAAGAUGAGCCACCACUCGAGCCCGGAGCAGCAGCCGCUGCUCUCCACAUCCUCGGCCUCGGACACGCCCGCGUCCGCCUCGACCCCGCGACGCGGAUCUGCCUCGUCCAAGGCCUCCCUCGCCUCGUCACGAUCCACGCUCGUGUCGGAGCAGGCGGCCGAGUUGGCACUCUACAGCGAGACACGACCGUCGCGCGCCGUCGAGGACGACGUACUACCCGAGGCGUCGCCGGCGGGACGGACGCUGGGGCGGGGCAGCGCCUACGUGCUGGUGAUAUCGCGCGUCAUCGGCAGCGGCAUCUUCGCGACGCCCGGCGCCGUCCUCAGGUCCGCGGGCAGCCCGGGCCUGGCGCUGUCGCUGUGGGCGGCCGGCGCCGUCGUGGCGGCGUGCGGCCUGUCGGUGGCGCUCGAGUACGGCUGCAUGCUGCCGCGGUCGGGCGGCGACAAGGUCUACCUCGAGUUCACGUACCGCCGCCCGCGCCUGCUGGCCACCACCAUCUUCGCCGUCGUCACCGUGCUCCUGGGCUUCUCGGCCAGCAACUGCGUCGUGUUCAGCCAGUACGUCCUGUUCGCGCUGGGCUACGGAGACGAGGUGAGCGACUUGUUGCGCAAGGGGGUCGCCGUGUCGCUCCUGGCGACGGUCGUGGUCAUACACGGCGUCUUCCCCCGCUUCGGUGUGAGGCUGCAGAACUGGCUGGGGUGGAUCAAGGUCGGCGUCGUCGUCUUCAUGAUCCUCUGCGGGCUGUACGUCGUAGCCCUGCGGCCGGCCGGCCACACACCGCGGGCGGCAGGGCUCCUCUUGGACGGAAGCGACACCCCAGAGGACCAGCGGACGCUGAGCUGGGACGGGCUCUGGGAAGGCAGCAACUGGAGCUGGGGCGCCAUGGCGACGUCGCUCUUCAAGGUCUUCUAUUCGUUCGCGGGGCUCGAGAACGCCAACAACGUGCUCAACGAGGUGCGGGACCCGGUCCGGACGCUGCGGUUCGUCACGCGCGCCGCGCUCCUGACGGCGUGCGGCCUGUACCUCCUCAUCAACGUCGCCUACCUGGCCGUCGUGCCCGCGGCCGAGAUCAAGGCCAGCGGCGAGCUGGUGGCCGCGCUCUUCUUUGGGCGCGUCUUCGGCCCGGCCGUCGGGCGCGUCGCGCUCCCGCUGGCCGUGGCGCUCUCGGCCGCGGGCAACGUGCUCGUCGUGGCCUUCUCGCUCGCCCGCGUCAAGCAGGAGGUCGCGCGCCAGGGCCUGCUGCCCUUCUCGGGCGCGCUGUCGUCGACGCGCCCGUUCGGGUCGCCGCUGGGCGGGCUGGCCCUGCUCCUCGUCACGUCCUCCCUCGUCAUCGUGCUGCCGCCGUCGAGGCAGGUCUACUCCUUCAUCCUCGAGGUCGAGGCGUACCCGGGUCAGUUCAUGGCGCUGGCGCUGGCCUUGGGCCUGCUGUGGCUGCGGCAUAAGCGGCCAGACCUCAAGAGGCCGUUCAGGGCUUGGGUCCCGGCCGUGGUGCUCAGGGCGACGCUGGCUGUGGCUCUCAUCGCGGCGCCGUUUUUUCCUCCGACUGACCCGCCUGCCGGCGGGUUGUGGUAUGCCACGUACGCCGCCGUUGGAGUAUCCAUUCUCAUAUUCGGAUUUAUAUACUGGUAUCUAUGGACUAUAUUCAUCCCGCGCUGGCGCGGCUAUAGACUGGAGGAGAAAACAGAGACCCUAGCAGACGGCUUGACAGUCACAAAGCUCGUCCACGUCCCCGUUGGAGAGUAGCAGAGCAAACAUGUAUUGGACUGUUUGAAACGCGAGUUGGGUAGAAUGGCUACAGCAGCUAGACGGAAUAAUUAGGAUUCCAAUGCUUUAUUGCGCGGCUUUGCAGCAGGUUCCUUUGCGCAUUUCUAAUCCACCAAUUCCAUGUGCAAAGAGCCAACCGCAUAGUCAUGACGUCUUCUC